ACGGGCGGCAGCCGCGGCCAAAGCGGGCUCGCAGCUUACGCCGCGGGGCCCCAUGGAGAAAGCGGCAGCGGUCAGUGAGGGCGGCGGCAGCAACAGCAGUAGCCGCAGUAGUAGCCGCCCUACGUCGGCGGGCUCUUCUCCCUCGUCAUCUUCCGCGAGCCGCGGGCUGCCGAGCCGGGCGGCGGCCACGGGAAAGCUGGAUGGAGGUGGAGGGGCCGGCGGCGGCAGCAGCAGCCCCAGCUCCGCGGCGGCCAGCCCAGGGGGCGCGCAGGCGCCCGGUAGCUGCAGUGGCAGGCGGCGGGAGCCAGUGCUGGAAGGGACGCUCAGCAAAUACACCAACCUCCUGCAGGGCUGGCAGAGCAGGUACUUUGUGCUGGACUUUGAGACGGGGAUUCUACAGUAUUUCGUGAAUGAACAAAGUAAAAACCAGAAGCCACGAGGAGCCUUGUCUUUAGCUGGAGCUAUAAUUUCGCCCAGUGAUGAAGUGCCACACAUGUUGGUGGUCUACUCUGCAAAUGGAGAGAUGUAUAAGUUGAGAGCUGCUGAUGCGAAAGAGAAACAGUACUGGAUAACUCAGCUUCGUUCCUGUGCCAAACACCACAAGGAAGGUAAUUCUAAGGGCAUUUCAUCCUCACGAAGUAGAAGCUCAUCCCUGCUGCCACCUGGGACAGUUAAUUCUGCAUCUCCCAGUGCCCAGAAACAUGUGAAUCAAAGUGGGCCAACUGUUGUAACCAUCACACACCACAAGUCACCUGCAGCUGCUCGAAGAGCAAAGAGCCAGCGUUCUGGUCAACUCCAUGAAGUCAGAGAGAUCAUGAGCCAAGUUGAGGGACAGCAAAAGAAUCUUGUACAAGCCAUUGAAGCACUCCCAAGUUCUGGCCCCCUUUCUGCCUUGGAUCAGGACUUGCUGCUUUUAAAAGCUACCUCUGCUGCCACCCUGAGCUGCCUUGGAGAAUGCCUGACUCUGUUACAGCAAAGUAUGCAUCAAGUGGGCCAGCACCAUAACAGGACACUGUCAUCAGAAGGUAUCCUGGGAUGGCCUGGGCCCAAGUCCCACUCCACAGAUCAACUGAAAAACAGUGCCCUCAGCUCCCUCUCAUCUGCUAGUGCCAACAUUACAUGGGCAAUAGUACCAUCUGUAGCCCAGGAUGUACAGGCACUGCAACCAAAUACAGAGCAUUCAGCUUCUGAGUUGAUCCUAGUCGAAGAUGAAAUGACAGAUACUGAAGAUAAUGAAGAGGAGGAUUUAGGAGUCAUGGAUGAUCAACGUAGUAUAAUUCUCCAUCUCAUCUCUCAGCUCAAACUUGGCAUGGACCUUACCAGGGUAGUGCUUCCAACAUUUAUUUUGGAGAAAAGAUCCCUGCUGGAGAUGUAUGCAAAUUUCAUGGCCCAUCCAGACCUGUUUUUGUCAAUUGCAGCUGGAGCCACUCCUGAGGAAAGAAUUAUCUGCUUUGUGGAGUAUUAUCUAACAGCUUUUCACGAAGGCCGCAAGGGAGCAGUUGCCAAGAAGCCCUAUAACCCCAUAAUUGGUGAAACGUUCCAUUGCUCGUGGGAUGUGCCGAAAGAUAAAGUGAAAGCAUUCAGAACUAGCGGUGCUUCCGUGGUUUCUAAGGACCCAACCAAGGAGUCUGGCCAGGACCAGUCCACGUGCUACAAGCUGAGGUUUGUAGCUGAACAAGUAUCCCACCAUCCACCGGUAUCUUGCUUUUACUGUGAAUGCAAAGAGAAGAAGAUGUGUGUGAACGCUCACGUAUGGACUAAAAGCAAGUUUAUGGGCAUGUCAAUAGGUGUUUCCAUGGUAGGUGAAGGUGUUCUUUACUUGAUGGAACAUGAGGAAGAGUAUGUUUUCACCCUGCCUAGUGCCUAUGCUCGCUCCAUACUUACUAUCCCAUGGGUGGAGCUCGGAGGGAAAGUCAACAUCAGUUGUGCCAGAACAGGCUAUUCUGCUACAGUCACCUUCCACACCAAGCCCUUCUAUGGAGGGAAGGUUCACAGGGUUACAGCUGAAGUGAAACACAAUCCCACUAACACCAUUGUGUGCAAGGCACAGGGAGAAUGGAACGGGACGCUGGAAUUUACUUACAGCAAUGGAGAAACCAAAGUGAUUGACACAAACAAACUGCCUGUUAUCAGGAAAAAGAUCAGGCCCAUAGCAAAGCAAGGACCCCUGGAAUCCAGGCACCUUUGGCAGCACGUCACCAAUUCUCUGAAAGAAGGUGACAUCGAUGCAGCAACAGAGCACAAGCACCGCCUGGAAGAGAGACAGCGAGCAGAGGAGAGGCAGCGUGCGGCACUUACAACACCGUGGAAACCAAAAUAUUUUGCCAAAGAGGGCGAUGGUUGGCUAUACUUGAAUCCUCUCUGGAAGACCCACUGAUGGGAUAGAGCACUUGCUUCCUAUCUUUACCUUAAAGCAUUGAAAUGAUAACAGUGUGUAACUUCAAGAUGUCACCGAGUAGGUCGCGUUACCAGAAAACACAAACAAGAGGCUAUAUGCUGUGAAUCUCAAAACAACCACGAGCUCAAGUUCAUUCAAGAGCCAUUCCGUGUGUGUGGAUACACAAACAGGCACACCCCCCCCAGGCACACACAGCGUGGAGGUGGCUGUGUGCGCAUUAUUUACACUACACGUAAACGAGUACCAACACUAACAGCGAUUUAAAGACCUUUAAGUGUUAGGGCAUAGAACUCCAGCUGGACUCGGCUGGGGUUCCCCAAGUUGUGUGCUUGCAGGAUCAGGCCCUGUGCUAGUAUUUAAGGAAAUACUUUUUUAUUAGUACUGGUUCAAGUUUUUCUAUUUUUCACUUUUGCCAAAACGGUUUUGCACUUCCAACGUGACGUCACUUAUGGCAGUCGCUGUGGCCGAGCAGUCCGUGAGUAGCUCACUCUGGCGUUAGGAAUGACACACGGACAGCGCACGCACUCUUCAGGAGGCUGGUUUAAGAGCAUGUUUCCUGUCACGAGUGUGGAUGUUCUGCCACCUUGUAAGUAGUAGCAAUACCUUCUCAAGAACAUUGUUUGCACCAACCUGUUGUGUCCUCACUUUUUUGUUUCUUCAUACUUGCAGCUGCUUAAUAGAUCACUGGUCAGCAGUGAGCCAGAUGCUCUGGUCAUGUUUGAUCUUGCUGUAUAAUGUUGUCUACUGUUGUGCCAAUGCUUUUGGGUUACAUGUUCCACUAAAUCCCUUCUAGCAGAUGUAGCUGUGGUGCUCCAGCUCACUCUUGCCUCAGCUUCCCACCCCCAGGUAAGAGGCAUAGCAGGCCAUCAGGCUGUGCCUGAGGCACCCCAUACUGCAGCCCUGCCUUCCUACAGCACCGGUGUUGUGCUCAGGCUGAAAGGAGCUGUGCACUGAUGCGCAGAGGUUGGGCAGGGAGUCCUGUUAUGAGGGGCCUGAGCCUUCCCCACCAGCCAAGAGGGCAGGUUCUGUGCACUGCUCUGGGGGUGAGAGAGCUCAGCCAGUCAGAGGCCUUAAGUCUCUAUUAAGGCUCCAAGCAGACCUGUGUUUUGAUGUCUUUUGCUUCUGACCCAGUUGAUUGCUUCAAGAUUAAAUUACCUGGAUAAGUAGAGGUGAUAGAACUAGCCUGCUAGAAAAGUAACUUUGGGAAAUUAUUACAAUAAAAUAUUAAGAAUUAAAAACUUUAUUAAUAAAACAAAGAAAGUGGGAUAUAAUCUGGUUUUGUGAAGUUAAAAAAAAAAGUAAAGAAUCCUGUAGCUUGAUUGUGCUUUAUAAGGUAACCACUGUGACACCAAGGUGGAUUCUAAAAGUGUGUUAAGGAUUUGCUGCUUUUUAGUUGGUAUUUGUUGAAAGGCGUUUCUGAGAAAAGUGGCAACAAAAGGCAAAUGCAAAAUGUGCCGACUUCUGCUCAGUGCUUCUUUCUACAGUGCCCCAUAAGGAAACCACUACGUUUCUAACCGACAGUAGCAUGGAUUGCCUACCUUUCUGUAGUACUGAUUCAUUUUGUGCCUUUUGUCUGCUUCCUUAAUACAACACCUUAUGCUUUAUAGCUACUACACAGGUAUAUUUAGGUCAAAGCACGGCUCAUCUGUCCUCGUGCAUCCUGCACUUUACUUUGGCAAAUGUUAAAAUCUCUGGAGUGACUCAGAAGGCUCAGCAGCAGUGUGUGCAGGAGGGCACAUGGCCAUUGGUCAUCUGGCCAGAGUAAAUGGUAGAUCUUUACGUUUGACCUUCACAUCACUGUUUAAUGAAGGUGUGGCUCCUUUUUCCUCCUAAAUGCUAUUGUGUCCACUUGCAUAUCCUUUCUUUGCACAUUGACUCAUGUUAGAAAUGAUUUAAAUC